CUCAUUGUCAGUCAAACACCAACGUCCUGGCACUUUCCUUACCAUUUUUUAUAGUCACGUUUCCAUAACUAAAGCGUUUUAAAUUAUAUACCGGCAAGCAAAAGCGCAUUAUAGCAGUUAUUACUUGAUAUUGAUAUCAUUGUUCAAUAUAAAGAAUAAUAAUGUUCAAUACAGUUCGAUGUAGCGAAUGUGAGUGCAAUGAGUGUGAUGUGCGGCGUGAUGAGUGUACUGAGUGUACACAUCGCGUGAAAAGGACACGUGCCCAAAAAUGUGUGCUCGCAUUAGCACGGAAUCUGAGACUCAUCCUCCUUAUUGGCGGAAUAUGUUGCGGAGUUGGAUUGGCUUUCGGGUUGCGGUCCCUGGGUAUUCACGAAAGCCCCCGCAAAGUCUCGUACGUGCUGUUUCCCGGCGAGCUCUUCCUGAGCAUGCUGAAAUGUGUCAUUAUCCCUCUGAUGAUCUCGUCCAUCAUCAGCGGCAUGUCCAACAUACAGUGCACCGUCAGUGGCCAGAUCGGACUGCGCUCUGUCCUCUUCUACUUGGUUACUGUCUUUCUGGCUGUAUGUGUCGGCAUCGGCCUGGUGACGUUCAUAAGACCCGGUCAUUUCAACAUCGGAGGCGGGGAAAACGCUACACUGGCCCAAAAACCGGCGCCUGGAACGGGACGGGUCACCAUGACCGCCGAUACGAUUAUGGAUUUGGUCAGGAAUAUGUUCCCGCCUAACAUCAUACAAGCUUGUGUCGCACAGUACCAGACGCAACUUCACCCACCGCCCAAUAAAGUAGUCGCUGUCGUCAGUAAUGUCACCAGCACAAGCGCCACCACAACCAGCACUACGGUAUCGACAACCUCCACUUUUAUCAUUAUGUUGAACGACAGCAACGCUACAAACGGGAACUCCACCCACCACUUUGUUAUCCAAGAUUACAGCGACUGGAUAAUAUCAAGAAAGGCCGUAGAUGGGACCAAUAUCCUGGGCAUUGUUGUCUUCAGUUUGGUUUGCGGGGUCGCUAUAACUCGAAUGGAGUUAGACGGGAAAGCUUUUGCAGACUUCUUCCGUUCGUUGAACAAAGUGAUCAUGCGUAUUGUCGACUGGAUUAUGUGGUUGGCUCCUAUUGGGAUUUGUUUUCUGGUAGCUGGACAGUUGCUAAAAGUCAAAAACUUUUCUGUCGUGUUUGCGCAGUUGGGGAUGUACAUGGUGACUGUAGUGUCUGGAUUAAGUAUUCACGCAUUCCUUGUAUUACCUCUGAUCUGCUUUGUGAUAACGCGUAAAAAUCCUUAUCGAAUCAUACAUGGAGGAUCGCGAGCAUACGCCACCGGCUUCGGUACGGCUUCCAGCGCGGUUACCUUACCUGUAACAAUAAAGUGUUGCGAGGGAAAUAACAACGUUGAUCCCAGAAUAUGCCGAUUCACGUUACCAAUCGCUACUGCAAUAAACUUGGACGGUACAGCAUUAUACGAAGCAGUGGCAGCCAUUUUCAUUGCGCAAACCGAAAACAUCACAAUGGACUUUGGAAAAAUUGUUGCUGUUAGUGUUACGGCUACUGCCGCGGCAGUGGGUGCACAAGGGAUUCCUGAGGCGGGUCUUGUCACAUUGGUUAUGGUACUGGAUGCAGUUGGGCUUCCGGCUGAGUUUAUUUUGACGAUUCUGGCCGUCGACUGGUUGCUGGACCGCUUUCGCACGGUUGUCAAUAUUCUGGGUGACGUGAUUGCCGCCAGCGUUAUUGAGCACCUAUGCAAGGAUAUUUUGACAACAAUGGAUGAUGAUGAUGAAGCCGACGAGCGUCAUCGAAGGGUACAACACACCGUGUCUACUCCCGAGGAAAACUUGGGAAAUAUAAACCAGGUAUACGGGAUGAGUGGUGCCGACACGCCUUCGAUAUCGGUUUCGCCACCGAUUCCGGGCAGUUUAACGCAGGACGAGCGUAACUUGGAGUUGCAGAUGUUCCGCGAAUGAUGGAAACAAGAACUUGGCGCAAAGACAACCGUACCCGCUGGCCCAACAACCAGAGGAUAUACGCUCGAAAGACACUAUCAGUAUCAGGGAUUGUUAUACGUAUCUAUUUUUUAUUGGGAUUGCUACGGUGGAAGGCUUGGCUGUUGUUUGGGCUUUACGAUAAACCGAAAAAGUUC